CUGAAUUGAAUUGAAACUGAAACUCUUUAUGUUUACCAGCUUUGUUAUGAACCGACUCUUGGAUCUUCGUGUGGGGAACAGUCGAGGAGCAACGUGUCGUUCUACCUGAAUCCAGCAGGAGAUGGAGCUGUUGAGCCACAAGACUGAGCCAAUUGGAAACGAAAGCUUGGAGAAGUGGGAGUCAGUCGGCCGUGGGGGAUUCGGUCAUGUCUACAAGGCCAGGCACACGGGCUGGGGCGUUGACGUGGCCAUUAAGAUACUCCGUGAUGGUGUUUGCCACUACAUGUCCCUGUGUGACGAGGCUAAUCAUAUGCAUCAGGCUUCCUGUGAGUUUGUGCUAAGACUUCAUGGAACCUAUAAGGGAUGUCCGCCUGGAGGGACAUCCACGCAACAGGGGCUAGUGAUGGAGUUCAUGGAAACAGGAUCGGUUGAGUCCCUGCAGAAGGACCUCUCUGGCCCUCCACUCUGGCCCCUGGUCUGCCGCUUGGCCCAUCAAGUGGCUGUCGGCAUGAACUUCCUCCAUUCACAGAAACUUAUGCACCACGACCUAAAGCCAAGUAAUAUUCUGCUGAAUGUUGAUCUUAACGCCAAGCUAGCAGACUUUGGUCUGUCCAGAGUGUCCACCAGUGCUUUGAACAGCAACAGAGAACCAAUGAGGGGGGUCGAAGGUUCAUACAAGUACAUGCCUCCUGAGGCUUUUGAAGUAUCAUACGAACCUGUCCGUUCUUUUGACGUAUACAGCUAUGGUAUCCUGCUCUGGUCCAUUGUCACUGGUAAAGAGCCUUAUCCAAGUGCUUCAUUUGCUCUAGUGGAACUGAAGAUCCCUUUUGGGGACAGACCUCAGUGUGAGCAAAUUGACCAGAUGCGGGAAGAAGGGUCGAAAGAACUGGUUGAGCUCAUGAAGAAGUGCUGGGAUGACAGACCCUCAGAGAGGCCCACCUUCAAAGAUUGCCUUCCAGUCACUGAGAAUGUGUUUUCAAAGAACAAGGAGGGAAUUCAUGAUGCAGUCGGUCAAGUCUUGACAACACUGAAGUCACCAACCAAAACUAAGAAAACUGAACAGUCUCCAAUCCAGGAAUCUGUCAGAAGACCGACAAGUAGUACAGACAAAGCAAAGUUUGUUGAUGACAACCGGGCAAAGUUGAUUCAAAACGUGGCCGAGGUCAUGGCAAUAACAGACCAUCUUGGAGACUCGGUCCACAGGGAAACCUACUCGUUGAUUCUUGGGAAAGCAACAAGCCAGGAACAAAUGAGAGUGCUUUAUCAAAGGGCGUUACGCUCAGGAGGAGAAGAAGUCAAAGCAGCCUUCUACGACGCCCUCAAACAUCACCAGCCCAAACUAGUGGAGAGGCUCGGUGGCUCAUUCUAAAGAAACGGUUGCCUUGCUGCAUUUUCUGCAUGUGUCAAAGAUUUGCCUCGCCUCUCCUCCACUUCCAUAUUUUGUGAAAAAUGUAUAUAUUCGAUUAAUUUAAAAAAAAUAAAAUGUGUUGAAAUUG